UGAGCGUCCAUAGACCUGCGUGCUGUCACCAGAGGAAACAUUUCUCUCCAGAACCCCCGAAUUGUCCGCUAAAGAUGAGCAAGAUUGGUGGCCUCCUACGGCGAACUUUUGGGGUAGUGCGUGAACACGUCGGGACAGAUCAUUUGGGGAAUAGAUAUUACCUAAUCCCCGAACAGAAGACGUGGACAGGGAGGCAUGUUCGUGCCAAGCGGAUAGUGGAGGCAGCCAAUCCUGCAGAGCAUGAAUAUAUGGAGGGCAGCAUUCCGAUGGAGUGGGAAGCUUGGGUUCGAGGCAGACGGAAGGAGCCUCCCUCCAUUGAGGAGCUGAUGCUGAAUGAGUCCCAGAGGGAGAAGAUUAAGCUGAAGGCCAUAGAGGUGGAGGAAAAAGAUCUGGCCCUUCAGGCUAAGGAAUACGAGGAGGGACUGGUGGCCACUCCUACAAGGACUGUAGCCAAGGGCCAUGCAUCCACCGCCAUUUUUGGCAAAGAGGAGCUCAGCCAGGAGCCAACCAGCACUGCAAACAAGUUCCAGCCAGGUUCCUGGAUGCCCACCUCAAAGAAAUAGGUGGAGACGUCCACAGAGGCAGAGACAUGCUGUGCAUUGUCACAUACGGUCCAAAAGAAUAUUUAUGAAUAACUUUGUUCAGAGGUGAACAAAGUUAAACUUUUUCUCCAUUCAAAGCAAUUCAGGUUGAAACUAUAACUCUUCUCUUCAGGAAGUGGCUGACCUCAUGCAGGGAGGCGUUGUGUCCAUAACAACUGAAAUAAAUGGGAGUUAGCCAUCUUCAAAGGAUAUGAUGGAUUAAUUGUGUGUAGCAAUCAUUCAAUCAAACUUUAAUUAUAAAACAGUUGGAAUAAAGUCAGGUGGAACACAGAAAGCUUUAUGGAGGUUAAAAAAGAAACUAUUUAUCCAGGACAGGAAUAUGAAUAACUCUACUGCAGAUUUUAGUUGAGAAAAGAAUAUUAAAAAAAAAAAAGGAAUGUAUGAGAUGUUAUACUUUGGUGGUGUGCAUUGUGAAUACUUCAAUGACUGUUAGCUGAAAACCUGACCUCAUCUGUUCUGACACCAGUUCCAUGAGACAUCGACUUCUUUGACAAGCUUAAUAUUCCUCCACAAGCUCUUUAUUUAACCCCUUGAAGUUCUUUUGUUUUAAUAAAUAUUUUUAUCAGACACUUAAAAGACUUUCAAAUAUUGUCUGGCUUUCUUAUGUUUUUUUUUGUUUUUUUUAUCACACCAACAUAUAUUUUACGUGUACUCUUUAAAAUUUCUGAAUACUUGGGAGAGUCGUGUGUUAACCUAAAGUAUCAACUAUAACAAAAUAAAACCAGAAAAGAAUAUAUAUAUUUUUAAAGUAAAAAAUGUCAGACCUUUUUUUUAUUUCAAGACUACAAAGGGCUAAAAAGACUGAGAAGUUGUCUAUAUUUAAUAAAACCUUUUAAAGCUACAUGAAGUAGGCCAGAGGUGUCAAAGUCAUUGUAAUAUCUGGUGAGUUGGGCAUCAUGAAGUCUUUUUAAAGGGCCGGUUGCAGCUGUAUAAUUCAUUAUUGAGCAUAGUGAUCCGUCCAGUAUCACAACUCUGCUGCCUUUUAUUUCAUAGUGUUUGUAAAAAUUAAAAAGCCUAUACCGUCCUGUAAUGAAUCAGCUAGUAAAACAGCAUUCAUCAAGCAUUGUACUGGUUGUUGUAUUGUUUAGGUUUUUUGGGGCAAUGUUUAAGCAUUAAUAUCAGGGUUUUUCUCAAAGAAGGAUAGACUUUUACACUGUUAUUUCCUUUCCCUCUCUAUUUUGUUUUUGUUUGUACAAAGCUCACUAUCAAAAAAGUUUGAACUUGGGAUUUGAACCCAUUUAAGCAAUUUCUCAGGGUGUGAAAUGAUUUUAUAUUAAACUUUCGAAUUACAUGGAGGUUACUUCUUUUAUUACAGUGAUUCGAUCUUAAACACUUUUUAGUUUCUCACAUGGUUUUAUAUAUUUCAGGGUUCUUGUUAAAAGAAAAAGUUUUUUAUAUAAAUUCAAGGAAGAAUUAUUUAAUACAUCUUCUUUGUCUGAUGGCAACUUUUUCCUUCAUUCUGGAUGGGAAGAUGAUCUGUAAACCAGAUAAAGUAGAACCUCAGGGCUUAAAUGUUUUCUAACCUUUUCAAACAAACCAAUGUUUAAAUAUCGUAUUUGUGAAAAAAGCUUUGGAGAGCAAAAAUGCUUUAAUAAAAUACACAUUUUUGGGGCAUUGACUGGGUGUCUAACCUAUUUUGAAUGAAAUGCUUUCAGAAAUGAAAAUAAUUGUUUUUAACCUAUCAACAAUAUGCAAAUUCAACAGACAAAAUAUAGUGAAAGAUGAAAAGCUUUGACAUUUGCUGUUGCUAUCCUCAGGUUGAAAGAUAUGAGUCAGACAUCUCUCAUAUGAUAAUCUUGAAUCAAAUAAUAAUCUUGAAACAGUAAAAAAUAAAAAGAAUGUUUAAAUUUUAAAGAAAAGAAUGCUUAUAAAAACUCAUAUCCCUUCUCAGUAUUGUAGAAAACUCUUCUACAUUAGAGCAUUCAACCCAUUAUUGUUCUUUUUGUAAUUACGGUACCUUUGGGGUUUUGAUUCUUAGAUUCUCUACCUGCUGAUUCUGUGAAUGCAGAGUGGCUCAGUUGGGUCUCAGUAAAAGGUUAAUAAUACUUCCAGCCACAAGAAGCAUACAGUUAAAAUGACAGGAUGUCCUAGAUGUCGGGAUAUCAGGGAUAUGAAUAACUUUGGGCCUAGAUAUACCCAGAUAAAAUCCAGGAUCAUGGUCAUGCAUCUUUACCAGAGCGGCUCCAACAGCAGGGGCUUUCUGUGAUGAAUAUUUUAACAUACAAAGUCAUGGUAUG